UUCUGAAGAAAUGCUUAUUUAAGAGCAUUAUAAUGACUUUGAAGUUACUAAAUUUAAUUAAGAUGUUUCAUCUAAAGAGUUACAUUAUAAAAUGAAUGUUCAGUUUAUUUUAGAGCAACUUCUGCCACAAACAACUGAUAUGAGAUAAAAAGUUCUUAUAUAGGUUUAAGAUUAUUAGUCAACAUUGUGUAUUUAGUACAUUGUUUAGUUUUAGAACAAAUAAACAUGGAGGAAGAGACAGUUGUGAUACAAACCAAACUGGGUCAGCUGAGAGGUCUGGUUAAAUAUUCUGUUCUCAAUGACAAGACUUACUAUGCCUUCCUGGGUAUACCAUUUGGCAAACCUCCUCUUGGGGACCUCAGGUUUAAGGCACCUGAACCUUACGGAGGAUGGGAAGGCAUCUGGGAUGCUCUCACAGAUGGCAACGAUCCCAAACAACCAGUCUUCAUGAACAUCACUUGUCAAUCAACUCCAGACCAUGAAACUAUUGGCAGUGAAGACUGUCUUUAUCUCAAUGUUUACACAACUGAGCAUCCAGACAAAAGUACAGAAAAUAAACCAGUGUUGUUCUCCAUUCCCGGUGGUGGUUUCUUAUGUUGGUCAGGAAGUUCGACUAAAACAGGUGUUGAGAAUUUCAUGAAUGGUGACGUAGUUGUUGUCUCUUUUAACUACAGAGUUGGAGCUUUUGGGUUUUUAUCUUUGGAGAAUGAAGAAGCCCCAGGCAAUGCUGGACUCAAGGACCAGACCUUGGCCUUACAGUGGUUACAUGACAACAUUGACAGUUUUGGAGGUGAUCCAAACAAUGUCACCCUUAUUGGAGUCAGUGCUGGAGGAGCCUCGGUACACUUUCAACUUUUGUGUCCUCCAUCCAGAGGACUGUUCCAUAAGGCUAUUAUACAAUGUGGCUUUGCAAAUAAUCCAUGGGCUAAUCAAGAAGCUCCAAGGGAAACUGCUUUAGAACUGGCCAAAGCCUUGGGAUGUACCUCUGAGGACUCUGAUGAAGUACUUCAAUUCCUCAAGUCUGCAUCUGCCGAUGAUAUAGUGGCUGGCACUCAUAAGUUAUGUAUGGCUGAGAGAAGGAAAUAAAAUUUCUUAUUUGUAAAAUGGUUCUCCAAACAGAAGAGGAAGAAAAUUCCG